CAGUAUGAUGGAGAAUCUAUCUUACACUACUCUGUUCAUCUCUGCUCUGCUGGCGUUGCUGCCAUUAUGUUGUGUUAAUACAAGAGGAAGCAGCAGCUUUGCUUUUGGCAGUAGACGAGCAGGGGAAAGGAAAGGGGGAGUCCAGUGAGCCCACAAAAGACACCGCGGAAGGCUCCCUGCCUGCAUCAUUGCUUCCCUUAUCGAGUUCCGUGACGAACAUUGGCAGUAGGUCCGCUUUACAGUGUAUUUAGAGAAGGAGAAGGAGAAAGAGAGAGAGGAGAAGUGAAGUGAAGGGAGGAGGAUGGGAGCUAUGCCGGACACCUCUUUACUCUCUCCCCGGUUAUGUGCACCGAUCAGCAGGAGGAUAUUCUCGGACGUUGCUGGGGAUGUAACUAUUUAUGUGGAUGGACAAUCGUUCCUAUUGCACAAGGUAUACAUUCUUAAACUGGCUCUGCAGACAUGUCUUGAUAUUGUUUUUCAUAACUUCCUUUUCAAUUUUUGCAUAUUGCUGUCCAAGUUCCCUCUGGUUUCACGAAGUGGAAAAAUCUGGAAAAUGGUAGUUGAAUCCAGGGAGCCAGACCUUUCCAGAUUAGAGCUUCAUGAGGUACCUGGGGGAGCUGAAGCAUUUGAACUCGCCGCUAAGUUCUGUUACGGGACUAACUUCGAGAUCACGGCGAGUAAUGUUGCCCAACUUCGUUGCAUUGCCGAGUAUCUGGAAAUGACUGAACACUAUCAAGAACGCAACCUAAUUGUCAGAGCAGAGGCGUUCUUAAACGAGGUUGUGUUUCAAAGCCUCGAAAAGUCCCUGGAAGUUUUAUCUUCAUCUAAUGGUUUGUCUCCCAUAGUCGACGAGGUCGGUAUAGUGAAUCGAUGCAUAGAUGCAAUCGCAAUCAACGCUAGCAAGGAGCAAUUGGUUUCUGGUUUAGCUCACUUAGAAUGCGAUAGCAGAUCAGGAAAAUUAAUGAUGCAUUGUCAGGACUGGUGGGUGGAAGAUCUUUCUGUGCUAAAAAUUGAUCUUUAUCGACGAGUUAUCGCUGCAAUGAGGAGAACAGGUGUAAGAUCAGAUACGAUCACCCAAUCUCUUUUGCAUUAUGCUCAAACCUCUCUAAAGGGUAUUCAAAAACGACGACAGGCUUGGGAGUUUGGCCUUGAUGCAGGAGACAAUCAGAGAUCGGUAGUAGAAACUCUUGUCAGUCUUCUAGUGACUGAGAAUAUCAAAUCUGUUCCUCUCUCCUUCCUUUUUGGAAUCUUAAGAAUGGCAAUAGAGGUCAAUGCAAAUUUCAAUUGUAGGCAGGAACUCGAAAGGAGGAUUGGAUUUCGACUGGAACUGGCUUCUCUUGAUGACUUGCUCAUUCCUUCCUCGCAAGCAAGUGAUUUGGUGUUCGAUAUUGAUACUGUUCACAGGAUACUCGUCAACUUUUUGAGAAGAAUUGAGGUAGAAGACUCUGAAGAAUCAUCACACAGCUCAAAUGAAUCUGAAGGACUCAAGUCUCCAUGUCAUAGUUCAGUACUAAAAGUAGGGGGGCUUAUGGAUGGUUAUCUUGCUGAAAUUGCGCCCGAUCCACACCUAAAACUUCCCAAAUUCAUGGCGAUAAUCGAACUCUUACCAGAGUAUUCUCGUGUUAUCGAUGACGGCCUCUAUAGGGCCAUUGACAUAUACUUGAAGUCCCAUCCGUCGUUAAUGGAAUCUGAGUGCAAGAAAUUGUGCAAGCUCAUUGACUGCCAGAAGCUCUCCCAAGAAGCCUCCAACCAUGCAGCUCAAAAUGACAGACUGCCACUCCAGAUGAUCGUCCGUGUCCUCUACCAGGAGCAGAUACGGCUCAAGUCGACCCUCUCAGCGAGCUCCGGUGAUGCAUCCUUCUCGCAGAGGUUGAUGAGCAGCAGUAGUGUUCCGAGUGGAGCAGUUUCCCCCAGAGACAACUACGCUUCUCUAAGGAGGGAAAACAGAGAGCUCAAGCUAGAAAUAUCGAGAAUGAGAGUGAGACUCAGUGAAUUGGAGAAAGAACAAGCAUUCAUGAAGCGAGGGAUGACAGAUAACAGGUCGGGAGAACAUAGCAGAGCGUUCUUCUCAUCCAUCUCCAGAGGGAUUGGCAAGAUCGCAAUGUUUGGCCCGGCGCAUGGAAAGCAACGGAAAAGCUCGAGAAAGUCGCAACAUUCAGACGGAAAGAGCCAGAGACGGCAAAGGAAAUCUGCUUCAUAAAUGGUUAAGGUAUUAGAUAGAAGUUGAAUGCACUUUCUGUCAUGUAAGUGCAGCUUCAACUGAAGCAUACGUAAAACAGAGGGGGAAGGACUUCAAUUUUGCAGGGAGAUUUUCCCUACUUUUGUAGCAAAAACUUGAAUGUACUAAUGGUGAUUUGGUUGGUGAAAAUAGGGUUAAUUGUUUC